AUGCGCGAAGACCAGCGGCCCUUCUUCCGCCUCGCGGUGCAGCAAGCGGAGGCGGCCUACAAUAUCAAAGCAAACCACCCGCUCUUCUUCUACUGGAUGCAGGAUCCCGUUGCGGAGGUCCUGAAAUACCGCAGCGACGGUUUCAAGUAUGCACUUAUCGCCAUCUCCACUUUCUUUGCCUUCAACAUUCUGUGUGUCGCGGGGUCGGUGUUUGCUUUCUCCAAGCUCAGCCACGAGUUCUGA